GAAACUAGAAUUUAUCAUAGUCGCGGGGAUUAAACAAGUUGUUGAGGCUGCGCCGGAAACAGUGCAUCCACACCUCAGCCAUGGCGGUCAGGAUCUUCGCGGUUCAAACGCUGCUCUGCCUCGUAUCUUACACUCUUGCGCAACAAUCAUUCUUACAGCCCAUCGUCAUCCUGCUCAAUCCUACAGCAGCCGGAGCAACUGGAAACGUACAUCCGACCUGCCUCGUUCGAAAUCCACCGGCCGUUAGAAGGGACGACUACACGUACUUCCCGGGAAUCGGCGGCUACAAGUACCACAAUCAACCACUUCUAUGGAGCAAGGCUCUAAUUGCCUGCGAAGAAGAAGGUGGGCACUUGGCUGUCAUCAACUCUUUGGCUGAGAGGGAUGCAGUGGUAAAAGUGAUCAAGGCAAAAGGAUCGCCGGAGUUCGUCCUCGUUGGCUUCCACGACUUUUACCAGGAUAGUUACUUCGUCACCAUUCAUGGGCAAACUCUGGCCAAGGCUGGGUUCGAAGAGUGGAAGAGUGGAGAACCUAAUAAUAGUGGGGGUGUUGAAAAUUGUGGAACAUUGCACUUGGCGAGUGGCAAGUUCAAUGAUCAGAAGUGCUAUAAAACAUAUUCUUUCAUAUGCGAGCUACCAAUCCAUUGACAGUGGUUGGAAAAGCGUGAAACAGAUCGUAAGAAACAUCGACGAAACACAAC